AUGAAGAUUGGUCGACAAGAUGAGACUAGUACUCGCACAGACAAGACGCCGCAAAUCUUACAAUUGACGUCUCCAGAAGUUGUGCUACCUGCCAAUUGUGAAGUUGUCGAUACAUCCUCCUUGCGCUCAUCUGAAUUUAGCGGGAAGGGUAGCGAGCAAGGCCACGGCAACAUAGACAAGUCGCGCAACAGCGCUGCACAUGACACCACCGGAGGUGGUCCAAUCUCGAACGUCAAGGCUAGCCUCUUUGGAGUUGAGACCGAGCUGUCGGCCUUUGAGAAAUGGACACAAGAGCAGCGACAAGAGAGACAACUGGAUCGAGAGCAGGCCAAAGUGCGAGAGGCUUGUCAGCACCAGGAGCGUAUGCAGGAAACGCAUGGUCUUGGAACUACAUUGGGAGUUGCCAUGGGCCAUGCUAUUGGCGAGUCCCUGAGAACAGUCAUGGAAGCUAUGAAGAGCACUGCCAAUGCGAGUCGACCUCCUGCUGCAGCCUACAGACUGAUUCCUGCACGAGGUCCACCCCGACUUCCUUCUCUGAUGCCUCCCACAGUACCUUCUCCUUUGCUUCCAGCAGAUCAUCAAGCUGGCGGUGAUGUCACAGAAGGUGUUUGUCCCAAAAAUAACAUGCCGGGCGGCUCUCACAGCAGCUAA